AUGGAGAUUCCCGGCAUUCUCAAGCUGGCCCUCUUCGGCGGCAUUGCUCUGUUCGACAUCAUUUCAUUGGGCCUUCUAGCAUAUGUUGUUAAUUCGACGAGUGGUAGCGCCUACUAUGGUUGGGGUUACUCGCACUACUCCAGCUCUCCGUCACAGGUCAACUUCAUGCUCUUCAACACCAUCUGGACCAUCCUUGUCCUAAUCUACCUUGGCGUUUUCCCUCGCUUCCUGUCUUCCCUGUACCAUAGCAUCAUUGCUCUAGCUUUAUUGGGUAUCAGCACUCUCUUCUGGUUUGCCGGCUCCAUUGCCCUUGCCGCUUUCCUUGGUGCUGGUACCUGCAGCGGCAAUAAUGCUUUCUGCAGCACCUACAGAUCGGCUCAGGCUGCUACGGCCUUUGGCUUCUUCAUCUGGGCCAUGUUCACAACCCUUACGGUCUUUGAGCUACUCGCCCUUCUCAAACACGGCUUCAGGAAGGGCGCCAAUGCCGACAGCACCGGCAACCAAAUGACCACUCAGACCGCUCAGACUUAUCCUGGAGCCUAA